AUGUCGAGUGAUGAAGGAAUUUUUGCUGACAACCUGGCAAAGAUAUGUGUACUCAAAGAAAGAUCGCUUGAAGUAGAUUCGAAAAAGUCUGUUUUCGAUUCUGUCUACCACGUUCUUAUUGAAUUUUUAAAUCUUAUUAAUGCAGAUAAACAUGAUUUUCAUUACAACGUAGCAGCGAAAAAAUGUUUGGAACUACUCAUAAAAUCAAUUGACAAUAUUGACACAGACAAAUUAUUCGAGAGAGACCCUAUUUAUGCACUGGAAACAGUUUAUGUAUACCUUAAUUUACUGAAUUUACCUGGCAUUAAGACUUAUUUAGCACACCGCACGAUCAAUGAACAACUCUACGAAAAAUACAUUCUUCCUUCCAUCAUCUUCAAAGUUCUAACAUCAGCAACAAAAGCUUCCCAUUUUUCUGUUCAUGAUUCACAAAAACUCAAUGAUUACAAUGAAACUUUAUCUCUAAUAUUGAAUUGUGUACAAACUGAACUUUACAGUUGUACUACAUCGAAUUAUUCUGAAACAACAACAUCAAUCUUACUUUUUGUUUGUACCUACUCCGGUAAAACUAUCCUGAUACCAGAUUUAAUUAAAGCUGGCUUUGUUAAAGUUGUCGCUGAAUGUCUGAAAAAAGUACACGAACUUCAUGAUCGACAAUCAACUUUAUUAAUCAGCAUUAUUGAUAAUAUAUGUCACCAUGAAGAUGGAAUAAGCGCUCUCAACUCACUUCAAGCAUUGGAAUUUACAAAAGAAAUGCAGAAUGUUGAUAAUUUAAUGAAUGAGGAUGACAUAGAGAAAAUAGUUCUCGUUCGUAUGACCUUAGCUCUAGGCAGAACAUUAGAACAACUGGAAAACGAUCGUACAUGUACGAAUGAUGCCGUUGAUCAUCUACUUCAACUCAUUAGUGCAGCUGAGCAAAGUCAAAAUUAUUGUCACAAUGGAUUGCAUCUUAGUGAACUGUUAAUUUUUCUAAUGAUAUUAAUUAGCUACAAACGACCACUUGAACACCUUCUUGAACAUUCACAAGCAAAGUUCGACAAUAAAACGCAAUCAACUACUCACUUCUUUAUCACAUCAUUUCUAAAAUUUCAUGAAAAUGUCAGUAAUGAAGAUCCAUUGAAAAGCUUAACUAUGACUGCAUUCUGUAACAUUUUCUGGAAUAUUGCUCUACGUCAUCAGUACCAAAACGAACUUCAAAAAGAUGAAGAAUUCCAAAAAUUAAUCGAAGACAUUGCAGAAAAGAAAGAAAAAUUCGCAUCUCUCCAACAUGUUCCAAAAUUUAUUGACAACAUAGAAAAAGCUGCGAAAGGAAUUUUGUUUAAUACGAGAGAAUCAUUGCCAAGAGGACUCCGAGCUUUAUUUCUAAUUGCACGAUCAAGUUCGAUCAAUAAGAACAGCAGUAAAAGUGACCACACAAAAUCUAUAGAACCAAAUAUUAUGAUUAGCUAUGCUGAAGGCGAUGGCGAUAUUUGCGCUUAUUUUUAUGAUAAAUUAGCAAAGCAAAAUCUUGAAAUUGAUGUAUGUAUUGAUUGGAAAUAUUGUAAUAUAGAUUUUCCUUGGGAAAGAGCAUUUUUGACAAUGUCUAAUCCAAAUAUCAUUUUAUGUUUAUUAUGUCAAAAGUAUUAUGAAAGUCAUUUCGAUCAACGGGAAUUCAUAAAACAAAUAUCUGACAUAAAUGCUAUAUUAAUAUGUAUUGAUAACGCAAAAAUGCCUGAAUGGUUAUCUCAAGCUAUUAAGAAAUAUGAUCUAAAAAUAAUUCAUUUUGAUAGAAGGCGAUUAUUAAAUUCUCAACACUUCGAGAUAUUGAAGCGGAUGAUCAAUGAAUAUUUAAAGUUCAACAAAACGAAGCGUCAAAUGAAUGAGUCAAUUGAAGAACCUCCACAAUUAAAAUCAAAUGAAAUAAUGAAUCAUCAAAGUAAUGAGCUUCAGGAGCGAAAGAUUGAUAAAAUUGAGUCUGAAUUGGAAGAUACAGAAGAAGACUUAAAGUCAAAUGUUGAUCAUUCUGAAGCGUGUACUGAAAAUAGUUCUAUUGUCAGCGACACAUCUUCUACAAUCAGCGAAGAGACAUCAAGCGAUGAAGAAGAAUUAGACGACGAUGAUCUUAUUACUGAUAAAGACGUUUUCUCUGAUGUUUUAACAAAGAUAUAUGAUCUAAGAAAAAUUUUACCUAAAGAUGAUCUGGAAAAGUCUGAAGAAACUAUGAAGAGAUCUGACGAAGAGUUAAAAGCAUCUGAAGAAGCUUCGAAAAAAUACAAAGAGCAAUUGCAGAAAUCUAUACUUCGCGAUGCUUAUUCUAUUGUUGUUGAACUGAUUAGCUUAUUGGAAGUGUAUGAAGGUGACACGGAAACUUUAACGACGGUUGAAAAUGGUUUGCAACUGCUUGCAGAAUCAAUUAAUUAUGCAGAUGUAACAGCAUUAUUUAGAAAAGAUCAAGUUUUUUCUCGAGAAACAUUUUAUUUAUAUUUGAAUUUAUUUAAAUUAUCUGGAAUGAAAAAAUAUUUAACACGUGACCCUAUUAAUGCCAAUAUCAAAAUGUUCUACGAAAAGUAUAUUUCUACUUGCUUCAGUUUAGACUUGCUGGUUGACUCCAUCCGAACUCUGAACGUCACUAACGACGAUCUAAAACAAUUGAAUGGUUAUAAUGAUAGCUUAACUCUAUUGUUGAAUUUCGUAAAGGCUGAAUUUGAUAGCUGGACGAUGCCCACAUGGAAACCUGAAUAUUCAGAGACAGUAUCUUCAAUUUUAAUUUUUUUCUGUAAUUAUGCCGAUAAAACAAUAUUAAUACCGAACCUUAUUGAAAUCAACUGCGUAGAAAAUAUAUCGCAAUGGUUAACCAAACUCCUUGAGUACGAAGGACAAAAACCAGAUUGUUUUCAAGCUCAAAAAAAUAAGCGCCAAGCCGCUACACCGCUGAUCUAUACCAUGUACAAUAUUAGUCGUCAUGACGAUGGCAUAAUAGAUCUUAAUUCACAUCAAGCCGCCGAUUUAAUGACAAAAUGGCACCAGGAUAAUUGUUUUGAAUGCCCAAAUAACGUGAAGAUACACUGUCAAAUGACUCUAGCUCUUCUAAGUACACCUGAUCAAAUAAAAAAUGAUCGCAAACGCAUAAAUCAUGUCCUCGAUAUAUUACUAGAGAAGGUCGUAAUAGCCUCACAAUAUACCAGCUAUUGUGACAAGAAUGGGACGCACAUUAGUGAACCGUUGAUUGUUCUUGUGAAACUGAUUAACUAUGAUCGAACUCUUGAUUAUAUUUUGCAACAUUCACAGGUUGAUUUUGACGAUGAAAACACGCCAGCUACUCAAUUUUUAAUUAGAUUAUUUCUAAAAUUUUACAAGGAUGUACCCGAUGAUGAUUCUUUGAAAGAAACCACUAACGCGGCAUUACUUAACAUUCUUUGGAGUGUUUCUCUUCGACAACGAUAUAAACGAGAGCUUCUGGAAAUUCCGGAGUUCAUAAAAAUAGUCAAAGAAAUAGCCAAUGAGAAAAUUUCUGAUACGUCUCCUCACUAUGUACCCAAAUACAUUGAAGAUAUUCGAAAAGCAGCCGAUGGCAUUAUUUGUAAUAUCAGUGAAACUCCAAAUGAAUCUGAGACGUUACAAUGUCGAGAUCUUUCAGCGUUACAAACUUGUGGUAUGAAAGUUAAUUCGUCUCCAAUCGACAGUAGCAGUGACAAAACCUUAAAACCUUCAAAACCAAGUAUUAUGAUUAGCUAUUCACAUGCUGACUACGACUUCUGCACUGAACUUUACAAAGAAUUAGACAAGAAAAAUGAAAUUUUUGAUAUUUGGAUUGAUAGGAAAUAUUGUACUACAGGAAAUCUCUGGGAAAGAAUUGCUGAUGGUAUAGUUAAUUCAAGUGUCAUUCUUUGUUUAUUAAGUCAAAAAUAUUAUGAAAGUAAAUCGUGUCAACAAGAAUUUUUUUAUGUAUUUAAUAAAUUGAAGAAAAAUGUAAUACCAAUAUUUAUUGGACGGUCGAGUCCACCUAAUCAUAUGGAGCUUCUUAUGUGUAUGUCCAAAUAUGUUCGAUUCAAUCAAAUGUAUCCAUUGGAACCGAAGUCAUUAGAAGAACUAAUGAACAUGAUCAAUGAGUUUCUUUCAUUGAAUGAAACAAAAAGCAAAAGUUCUAUAAAAGAAAUCUUGUCGUCGUUUCCAGUUCAUUAUGAAGUACCAACUGAGAAAAAUAAUCAACCACUACUACGAUGUAACAUGAAUAAUACAAGUAUAAUAGCAACAACGGUGUCGACAAUUGAUCUCUCUCAAAAGCCCAUUGCUGAAUGGACCAAAAAUGAUGUUUCUGUGUGGUUUCAGCAGAAUAAAGUUCUAUCAGAAAUUUGUGAUCUGUACGAUUUUGAAGAUGGAAACGAACUAUUAAUGUAUGCUUAUCGUGUUUCAACAGAAGAAAAAGCAAAGUGUGAGUAUCAAAUUUAUUCUCAAGCAUUUGCCCAAGCAAACGCUGGUAAAAUAAUGGUUCCACAUAAAUUCACUCGAUUUGUCAAUGCUGUAAGCAAACUUUAUCAGGAAAAUGGCAACGCGAAAUCACUGGCUACUCCUACAAGUGACAGAACCAAGCCUCCGAUAAGACAUAUAUCACGAAUUCCAAGAAGAUCGAUACCAAUGUCGGAACAAUAG